UUUACUUUCCCAUCAUCAACUAAUAAUAAACUCAACUAGUGAAAAAUGAUAUUUGUUGUUUGCUAUUGGGUAACUUAGAUAGGAGCAAACUCUGAUUGGCUUUGUAAUUUUGAUUGGAAAGGUGACGACCCUUAGCUCUUUGAGUUUCAAAACUGAACAUGGCCACAAAAGGGUCAAGCUCUUCUGCUGCUGCUUCAGCUUCAGGGGAUGCUAGAAUCAAAAGGGUUCUCACCCAUGGUGGUAAAUAUGCACAGUACAAUGUGUAUGGAAACUUGUUCGAAGUGUCCUCCAAGUACGUGCCUCCUAUUCGCCCAAUUGGUAGAGGUGUUAAUGGCAUCGUCUGUGCUGCUGUUAAUUCCGAAACACACGAACAAGUUGCUAUCAAGAAGAUCGGUAACGCAUUUGACAAUAUAAUUGAUGCUAAGAGGACAUUGAGAGAAAUCAAGCUCCUUCGUCACAUGGACCAUGAGAAUAUAAUUGCCAUCAAGGAUAUCAUACGACCCCCCAAAAAGGAGACCUUUAAUGAUGUGUACAUUGUUUAUGAAUUGAUGGACACUGAUCUUCAUCACAUAAUUCAUUCUGACCAGCCUCUUAGUGAAGACCAUUGCCAGUACUUCUUAUACCAACUGUUACGGGGGCUGAAAUAUGUGCACUCAGCUAAUGUUUUGCACCGUGACCUUAAGCCCAGUAAUUUACUAAUGAAUGCAAACUGCGACCUUAAAAUUGGGGACUUCGGUUUGUCAAGGACAACAACUGAAACCGAUUUCAUGACAGAGUAUGUUGUCACAAGAUGGUACCGUGCCCCGGAAUUGCUCCUUAAUUGUUCUGAGUAUACCUCUGCAAUUGAUGUUUGGUCUGUUGGGUGCAUACUCGGUGAAAUUAUGACAAGAGAACCCUUGUUUCCUGGGAAAGACUAUGUUCACCAACUAAGGCUUAUAACGGAGUUAUUAGGUUCACCUGACGAUGCAAGCCUUGAAUUUCUGCGAAGUGAUAAUGCCAGAAGAUAUAUUAGACAGCUUCCACAGUACCGGAAGCAAAAAUUCUCAGCCAGAUUCCCUAACAUGUUGCCUGAGGCAUUGGACCUGUUAGAAAAGAUGCUUAUCUUUGAUCCAAACAAACGCAUUACAGUUGAUGAAGCACUAUGCCACCCAUAUCUUUCAUCACUUCACAACAUCAAUGAUGAGCCAGUCUGUCCCAGGCCAUUCAGUUUUGAUUUUGAUCAGCCAUCAUGCACUGAAGAGCACGUGAAGGAGCUCAUUUGGAAAGAAUCAGUGAAGUUCAAUCCAGAUCCACCCUGCCAGUAAUUCUUUCUUAUUUGUAUAAAUGUAACAAGAUGAACCUCUUUCCCCUUAAAUAUGUUGCCUGUGCAUCGCCCAAAUGAUUUGCUAGGGACAAAUUGAAGUUCUCUUUCUUGUAAUCUAGUCCUAGACCAAUGAGGAUAUGGAAACAAAUUUCUCCUGGAAAAUGGGUAAUCAUUAGAAAUCCAGUUGGAUGUUACAGGCCUUUAUAAGAGUAAUAAAAAUCUGUGUUGUAUUGUGCUGCCUCGAGUUUGCUUUAAA